AUGAUAUUAACAAUUGGAGUAUUGACAAUUAUUACAAUUGUUCAAGGAACAAUGUACAUGCCAUCUUUAAAGGUCCCUCUAUACUCGGAUUUACUUCUCCGAGAUAUAAUUGAUCAUAUGAGCAAAGACCUAGCAGAAACAGCAGACUCUUAUAUGGAUUACCCAGAGAUGGGUCGCGACGCCGAAGACUACGAGAAAGCCAAAGAAAUCCCCGCAGAAAUGUCGAUUGAUUACGAAGAAAUGGAAACGCUUAAUCCUAAUCCAAGUAUCCGCGAUCACGAGUACCUGAGACACAGUAGUCUUGUAGCUAACCAGAGAAUGAACGACGAAGCGGGUGAAGAUAGACACAAGGUUCAAGCUGCCGAGCCCAAGGGACUCAAGGAAGACAAAUCCGAGAAUACUCUUCCAGCUUAUUGCACUCCUCCCAAUCCGUGCCCAAUCGGAUACACAAGCGCAAACAAUUGUCUAGAAAAUUUUGAAAACACCGCAGCUUUUAGUCGCGAUUUUCAGGCAUCCCAAGACUGCAUGUGUGAUAGCGAACAUAUGCUUGAUUGUUUGAACAACAAUAAUGAAAAUAAUCAAGCUAUGAAUGGACAAAUUGCCAAUUCUGAAUUUGAAAAAAUUGUUGGAAGUUUACAGGAGGGUAAUCCUUAUUUCCGGGGUGAAAAAUUGCCAAUUGCAGCUAAAAAAGGGAUCAAUGUAUUUUCAUAUUAA